AUGUCGUCCAAAGCCGAGUUCGAGUCUCCCGCGGCAGCAGUUAGCGGUGAUGCUGUCCCUGCCACAACAGCGACAGGAGCAGGGCCCUUAGUCCGUCCAGCCGCGCAGCCACGCAAGUCGAACCGCUCCAGGACCUCGACAUUCCUCACCAACGCGCUGCUACGACCUAGGGGAAAGUCGGUCUCACACGGCUCGAACGAUGACUGGGGUCGACAAGUAGGGGGAAGCGAAGGGCUCGGCUCCAUCUACAACUCGGCCAUGGGCACGCGUGAGAGGAGCCAGGUGCUCCGCAGCGUCACUCAGCUCACCAAGCAAAGCACCAACGACCUCACCGGAGCAGCCGCCGAAGCCUUUUCAGGAAACGCUACGCCAAAUCUCUCGCAGACACACCGUUUCUUCGCCAACGUGAACAGCUCCAGCAGCAUAGAGACGCCGCCGAGCUACGAACAAGACGUGCAGCUCGAGAGGAGAAGACGCAGCGAGGGUAGCAUCACUUCCAGCACCAGCCUCGCUGCGUCGUCGAAAUCUGCGAGGCCAUCAAUGCAAAGCAGUCGACCAUCGUCCUACUUCAGCUUCAGAGCCAUGUCUGCUUUCUCAACUUCUGCCGCCGCAAGCGGCAGCACGUCGAUCUCUGCCAGUCCAGGCCCACGUCACCAGCCAGCGACACCGCCAAAGCUCCAAGGGGCGCGUCGGCGACGCAGCUCGGGGCAGUCUAGCGCCACAGCGUAUCCCGCCUUUCAAUCAUCACAAUCCUUCUUGGACCUGUCAAGCGGCAUCUCCGAGCAUCAGCCAGACGCGGCUCCUAUCGCCAUCACCGGACCUUCCGACCACGCAAAAAGUGCGACAGUGGUCGGCGAGCUCGACAGCGCUCAGGAUGCCAGUGUAGUGCAGCGAAACGAUGUCAGGGCGUUGCUUGGGACCGACAAGCCAGCAGGCAAUGACACACCAGCGUUGCACAGUCUUGCGACCGCCGAUCAGCGCUGCAACGACCGUCGCAGCGAUGCUAUCGGAAAAAGCAACGAACCGCUCAUUUUGCAUGACCGGCAAGACCCUGUGUUUGCAAGUGGAGGCGAGCAAGGGUUUUCGACGAAAUCUGCUCUGGUUGCUUCUUCUGCUGUUGCUGCACCUGCCGGACAUAUCCAGUCGACUUGUGCUGCGGCCCUAGGCGGUCAUUACCCCGAAGCUCCAGCCGACGCCAGCGCCAAGGAAGCCGACAAGCAAGUGGCCGAAACAAGUCUUCCAAAGGAAACAUCAACGGCGGCAGCGGCAGCGACAGCGGCAUCGGUAUCAUCGUCAUCAGCAGAAGCAGCUGCUGAAAGCGCCCGGGCAAAUAGUGAGCGGAGCGAGAUCGCAUGGACCAAAAAUGCUGCAACCGAGCAUGGAAUUGGUCGUCCGAUCGGCAAAGCAAAUCCGAUACAAGCGAGCUACUGUUUGUCUGAUUGCCGCGCUGAUUUGCCAAGGGGCGACUCGGCUGCCCCGCUGUUUUCGAAUUUCUCCAAAUCGAAGCAGCUUCCAGAAGAGGAGAAACAGCAGACGCGGCACGACUCUCAGGACGCUUUCCCUGCUGACACGGAGUCAGCGAUCUGGCCGUCAGCAUCAGCAGGUGCAACCGGGCUAGGGCAAGAGCCAGACGCAGGGGCAGCCCAAGUCUCGCGACCACUUUCCCGCUUGGCUGUGUCGGCUGCGACUGACAGCGCCGCUUCUUCCACUGCGACGAAAGAUGCAUUAUUAGUCCUUGAGCAGCAGCAGCAGCAGCAUCAGAAACAGCAGCUGGCGUCCUUCUCCCCGCUCUAUGCUUCACCCAGCCCUGACCUCGCCUCUGCCGCGUCCACGCUUUCUUCUGUUGCAUCACAGCCCGCUGAGCCUGUGUCGGAUUUCCCGUCCAUUGAUUCCCUCUCCCACCCUUUCCAUCCCCAGCCCCAGCAUCAUUCUCUGUCCCAGCCUCAGCCUGACACCUUCCCGACGUCGUCUUCUUGUGGGCGGAGCGAAGGGCAGCGCCGACAAGGGCAGCAGCUGAAGCAAGAAUUUGCUGACGCAGCCAUCGGCAGCGUGCCGGCUCGCUCGACUGCGCAAUCGAUAUCGUCGAGAUCGGCCUCUUCGGCCGUCACUGCUGCACCAAACGCCGCCGCCUGUAGCUUUUCUCCACCUCGCUCCUUCGACACCUUUUCCCUCUGCCAACACCACGACGUCGGUGGACGCAUCGGUGUGGCUCCGCCUCUUUCGUCGACAUCGUCCUUUUCCACCACCAGCACUCUUCCUCCUGCUUUGUCGUUGAAUACCAAUCCCAGCGCUUCGCCCUCAACCACGUCCGCGACCACACGUGCUCACAGCACCGUCAAGGUCGACCCGCUCGACGCCGACUCGGAUCUUCCUUCGCCGAGCACCGUUACGGCUCUUAGCGCGACUCGUGCCUCGACAGAUCUCAACGACGUAUCAUCAGCACCGCUGCGCUCGCAGCAUGCCUACGGGCAAACCUACGAACCCCUGAAAGAGAACAGACCUGCGAUCACGCAGCACGGACCCUCGCCCGUCGCUCUUGCAGACGCAUCAGCUCACGGUGCGCAUGCUCUUAGUGCCGCCGAAGCUCACGACAACACCGCACCCCCCGUCACGCCCCCCAGCUCCUUAGGCGCCUGUCCAUCUAGAGGAUCUUCCCCCCUCAGCAGCACACCGGCACUCGCACUCACCCACGACGCUGCCGCACUCCGACAAGCCAGAUCAAAUCUCCCUUCUCCUCCCGGAUCGUCCACUCACGGAAGCGUCUCGGAGACUACUGGCCGCCGGGGAAGCAGCAUCGAGCCGUCUCUUUCACUGCUCAGCCCGCUUCCUUCGCGCUCGUCGGGUGCCGACGCGUUUACCUCACCAGACCGCCAGGUAGCGAACGAACCGGCGGCACGGACUUCGAGUAGCGGACGAGUCUCAUUCGACCUUCGAAGGCUUUCUUUCCUUGGUGGCUCAUCAACAGCCACGAAGAUGUCGUCCAAACCGCCUAGAGCCUCGUUUGCAGGCAUUGGCAACGGCCAGCCUUCCGGCGCCUCCAAUCAAGACUCGAGUCGUCAUGCUUCAUCGGCAAGCCCCGGCUCCUCCUCCAAGUUUUUCUCGCGCAUUAGUCUUCCGGGCAGCAGCCGUAGAGGAAGCGCCGCAGACGCUUUGUCGUUGUCCUCCUCGCCAGAGGUCAAGCCCCGUUCGCGGUUUGCAAGCUUCGGCAAAAUGGGCCGCGCCGCCGACCAGCAGACCUCACCCGAGCACGGUCAAGACUUGCGCAACUCGAUGCAGCCGUGGGCCUCGGCCUCGACCGAUGUGCUCGGCAUGGGUCCUGGACAAGCGCCAGGCCGCAACAGUCUCGCGCUGGCCCGUGAAGAGGCCACUCGUCCGCGCAAGAGCUUGCACCUUCCUCGCGCCAGCCUCAUCGAUUUGGACUCGGAAGAUACUUCCGAUACAGCGGUCUCUACCAGCACAGGCGCCCACGGCUCCAACAAUAGGGCGCUGCCACCAAUAUCUACAUCCCAGAUCAGAGCCGACAAACCAGUGUCGCCCUCGCUCAAUUCCGCUCGUCGUCCAAGCCUGAAUUUCCUGCGCCGGUCCAGCGCCAACAGCACCAGUUCCAACGCCGACAAUGUCAAUGGCGAGCGAAGAAGCUCGUUUGCACGUGCCUUCAUGAACAAACCAUGGAGCCGUAGCAGCAAGGGGGAUCAACAGCAGCAGCAGCAGCGGCAAGAAACAAGUCAUACGGAGCAGACUGCUGGUCGCGAGGCUGAACGACCCACGUUCCAAAACGGCAUCUUUGAUACGCAGGCAGGAACAUUCGCAGGUAGCGUGGCAUAUCCUGGCAUGGCCUCGACCGUCAAUUGGAACGCUCCAGUGGCCUCCCGCGGACACAAACAGACCGACGUCGCCUCUCACGAUGUCGAUCCAUUGGCAACCUCUGUCCCUCCGUAUCCCGGCUUCUCAGCCGUCAGCGACUCGGCCGCGCCACCCAAAGCUGUUGCCGACGUAACGUCGGGUGUUCUCGCGGAGCGUCGUCCCUCUCAGGGAAUCGAUCAAGAGCAAGAUGCUGCCGAGGCAAGCGAUACCGUCGCCGCCACGCUUGGGAACGAUGGACCUGCCGCAACCUCCCCAAACGCCUCUACAAGCACAAGUGGUGGUGCUUCGCGCCCAAGAUCCAGCCGCUCAAGAAAUGCCUUGUCGCACUUGCCACGACUGGACUCGAUGCGUGCGAUUCCAGGUGCUUCAACCAGCCAAAGAGACGGAACAAGCAGCACAUCCGCCUCACGCGACCGAUCCGAGAGCACGACCGACAGCACUGCCACAGGCGAGGCGAGCGAUGAAGAGCAGGAGAUCAGCGAAGACGAGGAUGAAGGCGAUAUCACUGGGAACACUUCCGACUAUCACGAUCUCGACGAGGCUGAGACGGAAGACGAGACAGACUACGAAAACUCACCGAUCGCAAGUCGACGUGUGUCCACCGCUCCCAUGGCAUCGACAGGCAGCUCUGGUGGCCUCAACCGCAAUCGUCCGACAGAGUCGCUCGUCUUGCCGCCAGCCCCCACCUUCAUCCCUGCCACCGACAGUUCGCUGGCACCGCAAAGCUCCGAGACCAGUACCUCGACGAGCCAUGAAGUGGAGACCAGCAAUGACCAGUUCGAUCAGAAUGUGGGUCGCGAUGCUUGGACCAGCUUCAGUGCGAGCGGUUUCACUCCGUUCGAAACACCCACGCCAACCGUGGGGGGAGCCAGCUUCUUCUCGUCUGGAUUUGCAGCGCCAACACCAAGGGCCCGACAGGAGGUCUCCGAUUCUUCCUACUUCACUGCUCGUCCUAGCACGAGCAACAGCAACCGUGCCACGACCGCGGGCACCAUGAGCGGAGACGCGCCACCUCCGUCGCCCUCUAUCAUCAGCCGAUCUCGUGCUCCCUCGUCCGCCAGCAUGCGCGGGCUACGCACGCCAGGUGCUUCUUCCGUCAGCUCUGGGCCCGUUCCAAAUCGAUCCAUGCCUCCCCCUGUGGGUGCUCUGCCUCCGCUGGCACUGCGUCGACAGAUCUCGACGGCUUCUGGCACAUCAAACCUCGCUCUUGAUCGCAGCAGAUCGCCUGGACGAGCGCCAGGGAGCAGUCGACCCAGCACGUCUGGCACCUUGACGCCGCUCCAGGCUCCAAAUGGGGAACGUAUCAUUAGUCGAGAGCCGAGUAUCGAUCGACCUGCCUCAGAGCGACCUGCCUCGCGCCAGAGUCAGGGACAGGACUCAAGGUCGACAGCAAGCCCAAUGGCAGCGAGCAAGCCGCUCGUUGGCCUAGAUGGCACUCUGCCUUCGGCGGCGCGACCCAACUUUUAUCAGCAAAAGUCGAAAUCGCUAGUGGAUUUGCUAGGCCCGGCAUCCAGGCGACUCGAGAUCGAGACUCCGUCGCCAAUGCGUCCGAUCAUCAAUGAGCCGCUGACCCGCGAAGCGCUGCGCACGCCUACAACGCCACGCCCGCCCUCGGAAGCGCCAGCCUACAGCAAGAAGGAUAGCCUUGCGCCGAUCAGCAUUGGUCCUGCUGCACCCGCGUCGAUCGCUUCGCCCGGCGGGAUGAGUCUGGGACGCCGAAGGUCCAUGUUUGAGAUGCGCGCGGAGCCGCCAGAGUAUUCCAUCAUCCACCACCGGCCCGAGGGCCCACAGCUCAUCCUGCCACGGGAGGAAGAAGGACGCGAAAAGCUGCCGACGUACUACUGCGGCGUUCACAUCGAAGGCUACCUGCCGCGGAAGAUGGAGUUCUCAGCUCCUGGUGUGCAAGCCAAGGAUCGGAGCUGGAGGCGGCAGUACUUCGUUCUGCACGGCACUAGCUUGCGUGUCUACAAGAAUGACCUCAGCGUUGACCGCCAUGCAGCCAAUGGUUCGUGGGGCGAGAUGAAGGGCGUGCACGUCCACCUCGAGCCCAUGAACGAGGACGGCUCCAACGGUACUGGCUCUGGCGGCAUAAAUCUUGGUGCUGCUGCACGCGAGGCGAUCUCACAUACGGCGCUCGGCGCCCACCGACACGAGGCGUCCAAGAACAAAGAGUCUGCGACGCAGUUUGACACCAAGAACGGCCUGAUCCGCAACUAUUCGCUUCAGUCUGCCGAGAGUGGACUUGCUGCCGACUACUUGAAGCGGCGCCACGUGGUACGCGUACGUGCUGAAGGCGAGCAGUUCUUGCUGCAGACGCGCAGCGAUCGACACGUGGUGGACUGGAUCGAAGCGCUGCAGGCGGCUACGAACGUGUCGAUGGAUCUGGAGAAGCGAGCGAUGCCCAAGUUCAUCACGCUGCCGCGAAGAAGGAGGCGUCGUCGCCGAAACGCGGACGGAACGCCAGCGAAUCCGGAAGAGCAGGAGGCGCGCGAUCUUGCCGAGGCUCAGAGGAGGUCGAUGGCCGAAGCAGGAGGACGUGGGGCGGACGCCAGGACAGGUGAUGAGCCUAUGCCGCGAGCCAGCACGUCGGCGCGGCCGAGCAUGAGCGUGGAAGACGAGAUGAAUCCGAGCGCGGCGUUUGAACGGAUGCUGCGCGAGGACCAGGAGGAAGGCGGCCGGCAGACGGCCGCUGUCAUGUGA